AUGACCACGUUUCCCGUUCAGAGCUGUUUUCUAAUAAGCCCCUUAGUCUUGGAUUGUGUAACAAGAACCCAGACCGACGUUGAACUAAUAAAGUCGAACCUCGAUAGAAAAGAAGAACUCGAAGUCCUUGAAUGGCUUACACCGAUCGACUACGGUCCUCAACACAGUGACAUCUUGAAGAGACGACAAUCAGGAACUGCGCAGUGGUUCUUAGACUCUGCAAUAUACCAGGCAUGGAUAAGCUCAAACAAGCAGACGUUAUUCUGUCCCGGUAUUCCCGGCGCAGGAAAAACAAUCUUAACGGCAGCCGUCAUUGAUGACAUUACUGCCCGAUUUCUACAUGACAGAUCUAUUGGAAUUGCGUAUGUCUACUGUGACUUCCGCCGGCGAAACGAGCAAAGCGCGGAAGACUUAAUAACAAGUCUCCUUAAGCAGUUAAGUCAAUGCCGGCCUUCCCUCCCAGACAUUGUGCGCAGCCUCUAUGACCGGCAUAGACAUAGACGGACCCGACCAGAAUUCGACGAAAUUUCAACGACACUCCGAUCUGUGGGUGCUAUGUACUCGAGAGUCUUUAUUAUAAUCAAUGCGCUCGAUGAAUGUCAGGCAUCUGAUGACUGUCGAAUGAGGUUUAUCAAGGAAAUACUGAAUUUCCAGGCAACUUGCGGAGGAAAUACUUUUGCCACUUCAAGAUUCAUUCCGCAGAUCACUGAGAGAUUUAACAACUGCAUGACACUGGAAAUCCGUGCACAUGAUCAAGAUGUUCAGGAAUAUUUAAGAAGUAGGAUAUUGCAAUGUGAAUCGAGGCUGUUAGCCUCCCACAGCGAAGAGAUUCAAACUGAAAUCACGAAAGCUGUCGAUGGAAUGUUUCUGCUAGCACAGCUUCACUUCGACGCGGUGAAAUCGAAAAAAACUACGAAAAGAGUAAAAGAGGCUCUGAAAGGCCUUGCAAAGGGGUCUGAAGCAUACAAUGAUGCAUACGAAGAUGUGAUGCAGCGAAUUGAAGGGCAGGACAAGGAUUCCCGGAAGCUUGCACACGAUGCGCUAUCGUGGAUCAACAGUGCAACGAGGCCGCUCAAUACAUUAGAGCUUCAACAUGCACUUGCUGUAGAAGCGGAGUCAGAAUUCGACAGAGACAACAUUCCAUUUCUGGAUGACAUCAUCUCUGUCUGUGCAGGCUUGGUCACAGUUGAUGAAGAGAGUGAUGUCAUUCGAUUGGUACAUUAUACAGCACAAGAAUUCUUCCAACGAACGUGGACCAUGUGGUUCUCAAACGCACAUCAUGGCAUUGCGACAGCUUGUGUCACAUACCUCUCUUUCGACCCCUUCAAAGCAGGCCCCUGUUCCACAGACAUGGAUUUUGAAGCGCGAUUAGACACAUACCCCCUUUUCUCCUAUGCAGCGAGGAACUGGGGUCAUCAUGUUCGGACACAACAAACGGGAAUAGGCUUGAUAUUAGCCCUGCUUGAAGAUACACCCAGGCUUAAUGCCUGUGUGCAAGGCCUUUUUGCUCGCAAAGAAUUUCCAACUCACUGGAAUUAUAGCCAAGAGGUUCCCAAAUUGUUUACAGGACUCCAUCUUGCAUCAUACUUUGGGCUAGAAAAUGUGGUGCUAUACAUGAUUCAGCAGGGGAAACAGUCUGAAGCCAUCGACUCGUUUGGUCGACUCCCAUUGACAUGGGCAGCCUUUAAUGGGUACGUGGGAGUAGCUCAACACCUGCUGGAGAGAAGUAUCAAGUCAGAUUCAGGAGAUAAUGAUGGUCGAACCCCACUAGCGUGGGCAGCAUGCAAUGGGCAUGAGCGAGUGGUCAAACUUCUGGCUGAGAAAGGUCUUGACCUAGGCUCGAGAGAUACCUUCGGCCGUACUCCACUA